UUUUAAGCACGCGUGUUUUGCUUUGUUUUUUUUUAGUUUAAGCCAAAAAUGGAUUUUGAGAGCAAGUACUGCACCAGUCAUCUAAAUGGCACUAUUUCCAUAACUACGCGCAAGGUCCUUGAUGAAAAUCAGAAAUCCUUGUUGGAGGAGGGAGAGGGCGAGCUGUUUCUCACGUGCAUAUCCAAAGACCAGCGCUGUUCUCCGGAGAGGAUUGUGGAACUGGCCAGCGAACUGGGUGAGGUUUACGUGCUGCGCUAUAAGAUAGAUUUUUCGGGCAAAUCGCGCGGCUACGCCUACUUGCAAUAUAUCAAUGCGCCCCUCAAGGAAGCAGCCCUGGAAUAUCUGCCAAUGCGAUUUCGCAAACUCAACCUGCCCAUAAAGGUGGAGACAUCGAUGAACAACCGCGAGCUGGUGCUCCACCGGGUGGAAUCGUCGCUUAGACCAUGGCAAGUUUACCAGAAGAUGCUUGAGAUACAUCCCUUCACUAUCCUUCGAGUGUACGAGUACCGACUCGACAAGUUCUUCUAUAUAUUUGGGUACCGCAACAAUGACACGGCCGCAAGUGCACAUAAAAGAGUGAGGAAUGCGAUCAGGAAGUUUGGCAAGCGUGCGCACAUCGCCUGGUUGAGUCAGGAGCACAUCUUGAGCGGAGUCCAGGGAAGCUCCUGUUUCCACCAGGAACUAAGCCAAAAUCUAAGACAAAGGGGCUGUUUCAAAUUUUAAGGCGAAGUGGUCGAAUCUCUUAUCAAUUAAGUUAUUUACGGGUUGCUAUAAACUAAUCUAUUAAGCUCAAAGUAUAUAGA